AAUAUUUUUUGUAUUUUAUGCAGUUGAAAUUUAUUGGUCUAAGUAUACGAACUCAAAAAACAACACCAGUCGACACAGAAAAAUAGAAAAAGAAAGAAAAGCGAAACUCCAUCCACAUAUAUAAAUGAAGGAAACCAAUGAAGACAAAGCUUUCACCAAACGAGUUACAACAGAUACUCUUUUAUACAAGACCCAUUAAUCAUUUUCGAUCAAAUCCCAAACCCCACUCUCUUGCUUUCUUCUUCUUCUUGAAUUAGUUUUCUUGCAUACUAUUUUAACAGAAAGACAAUCUCUUUUGCAAGAGAAAAGUUUCCAACUUUCGAAAGAGAGCAUCAGCAUAUAUAUAUAUAUAUAUAUAUAUAUAGAGAGAGAGCGAGAAAGAAAGAAAGAGAUGGAGAUGAAGAGCAGAGGUUUGAGUUGUAAAGAGAGAGAGGGAGAAAAGUGUAAAAAGUAUUGUAUAUUCGUUGUUUAAUGGUGGUACACCUGAAGAAGAAGAAACAGUGGUAUUCAUUGAAGGUGUUGUUAUUUGUCCGUUAUACCCCUUUGAUUUUGGUCCACCUCACCAACCCAUAUUCCCAUCUUUACCAAAAAUUAUCAUCCUUUACUGGUUUGUACUUCACAGCCAUGAAUAGUUUGAGGAUUUUUGCUCAGAUUGCUCAACUGUUCAUGCUUUUUUUCACUCCAAUUGUUUCUCACAGAGCACAAGCAUUUACUGGAACGUAUGGAAUAAAUUACGGGAGAAUUGCAGAUAACAUCCCUUCUCCGGAUGAAGUUGCUACUCUUCUCAGAGCAGCUAAGAUAAAGAAUGUUAGAAUAUACGAUGCAGAUCACAGUGUUCUCAAGGCCUUUAGUGGGACUGGACUUGAAUUAGUAAUUGGACUUCCAAAUGGAUUCCUUAAAGAUAUGAGUGCGAAUGAGGAUCACGCGUUGACUUGGGUCAAAGAAAAUGUGCAGUCUUUCUUACCAGAGACACACAUUGUUGGAAUUGCUGUGGGAAAUGAAGUCUUGGGUGGGGGUGAUUUAGAAUUGUGGGGAGCUCUUUUGGGUGCUGUGAAAAAUAUACAUAAAGCUGUAAACAAUCUUCACUUAGCUGAUGUAGUACAGAUUACCACUGCUCAUUCACAGGCUGUUUUUGAUAAUUCAUACCCUCCUUCUUCAUGUAUAUUCAGAGACAAUGUAGUUCAAUUCAUAAAGCCGCUACUGGAGUUCUUCUCCGAGAUUGGAUCUCCUUUCUGUUUGAAUGCAUACCCAUUUAUUGCCUAUAAGGGUGACCCAGAGAAUAUUGAUAUUAAUUAUGCCCUUUUUCAGUCAACACAAGGAAUUUAUGAUCCAAAAACCAAUCUUCAUUAUGAUAACAUGCUUGAUGCUCAGAUUGAUGCUGCUUAUGCAGCUUUAGAGGAUGCUGGAUUCAAAAAGAUGGAAGUUAUAAUAACAGAGACAGGGUGGGCUUCACAUGGAGAUGACAAUGAAUCUGGUGCCACACCAAUUAAUGCAAGAACAUAUAAUUAUAAUCUGCGAAAAAGACUUGCAAAGAAGAAAGGAACACCCUUCCGCCCGAAGAAUGUUGUGAAGGCAUACAUUUUUGCAAUAUUUAAUGAAAAUUUGAAGACUGGACCAACAUCUGAGAAAAAUUAUGGACUAUUCAAGGCUGAUGGUACCAUUUCAUAUGACAUUGGGUUUCAUGGGCUUCAUUCUUCAUCGGCGAGUUCAUUGCGUUUAUCUCCAAAGGAUAUUCGAGCUCGAAGCUGGUCUCAAUGGCACUCCUUAUUAUUACCAGUUUAUGCUGCAGCACUUCUUUUGCUUUUGAGAUAAGAGAAAUUGAGGAUUAGUUUCUGAAAAAUAAGCUGAAAAAAACAAAAAUCUCUCCUUUAAAUUAGACCCCAAACCACUCAACUCACAAUGCUCUUUAAAUGGUACCGCUUCAUAUCACCUUUCCAUGCCAAAUUAAAGUAGUAAUAGAACAAUAAUUAUUGUAUUUCUUGAAAUAUAUAAAUGAAUUCCUCAGGAAAUCCAUUUCCA